AUGCAGAAAGUCACUUACCUGGUAGUUACACUGGGGACCGCAGGGUCCACUGCAGAGAUUCCCAGCUGGCAGCGCCCCGGCUCCGCUAAAGGCACUUACAUAAUCCCUGCAAAGGCCAGGAGGCCCGGCACCGUGGCCUCGGACUGGAACAACCUAGUCUCCUUUCGAGCUUCAAUUUCAACUUUCUCGUUGACAGGCCAUCUCGAGAUCCUGGGGACGAGGUCCGUGGUCCCAUUGAAGCUCGACAAGGCCAUCAACACUGCAGUUACGGCCUCCGCUACCAUCCCUGGCUGCCAUGUUAUGAUGCUGCAACCACGGAUUCUCACGAGGCCCUCCCAAAGGGCCUGGGCAAGCUGCAGAACCUCGUCGGUUUGCGCACUGCUCCGAACCUAUGCGACAGCCCAGACAAGAAUAGAGCCCGUCACCACCACGGUGCCCAGCCCGAGCAGCGCGACAGCCGCAAAGCCGCAGUCCGCCCAGGAAAAGAGCUCGACCGUCAUCCUCCGCACAUACAAGCCCCGAACCCCCGGUCUGCGACAUCUCAAGCGACCCAUCAAUGAUCAUCUGUGGAAGGGCAGGCCGUUCCUGCCGCUGACCAUCCCCAAGAAGGGUAUGGGCAAGGGUGGACGAAAUCACCACGGAAAGAUCACAAUUCGCCAUCGCGGAGGUGGUGCCAAGCGAAGGAUACGAACUGUUGACUUCCACCGCUGGGAAGCUGGACCCCAUACCGUUGAGCGCAUCGAAUACGACCCCGGCCGAAGCGCGCACAUCGCUCUCCUGAUUCACGACGCAACCCAGACCAAGUCAUACAUUGUCGCCCCAGACGGCACCAGAGCCGGCGAUGUUGUCCAGAGCUAUCGAGCUGGAAUCCCUCAGGAUCUGCUCGACAGUAUGGGUGGUGGCAUUGAUCCCGGUAUCCUGGCUGCCAGAACCGCCCACCGAGGCAACUGUCUCCCCCUGCACUUGAUCCCCGUGGGCACACCCAUCUUCAACGUAGGGUCGCAUCCCAAGGGCGGCGCCGUCUUCUGCCGGAGUGCCGGUACCUUUGCCGUGGUCGAAUCCAAGGACGAGGAGACCAGAGACGAUGGUGUCAAGGUGGUGACUGGCAAGUACGUUACUGUCAGGCUGCAGAGCGGCGAGGUCCGGAAGUGUAGCAAAGACGCGUGUGCCACCAUUGGUGUGGCCAGCAAUGUACAUCACCAAUACCGCCAGCUUGGUAAGGCUGGAAGAAGUCGAUGGUUGAACAUUCGUCCCACCGUGCGUGGUGUGGCCAUGAACAAAGUCGAUCACCCUCACGGUGGUGGCCGUGGUAAAUCCAAGAGUAACAGGCACCCUGUCAGUCCUUGGGGACGCACACCGGCCAAGGGUGGUUUCAAGACCCGUCCCAAGAAUAAGCCGAACAAGUGGGUGGUCACCCCCAGAGUGCGCAACCACGGAAAGAGGAGAGACAAGAAGAGCAAAUAG